GUCACACAUGCCCCGCACGGGUCUGGGGCUCUCUGCCCUGCAGUUGUUCUGCCCCCCUGCAGUGGAAACUCCUCUAGAUCUUGCCUCAGGUGCCGGUUACUUUGGCUGAGGUGUCUGAAUCUCCCAGAGGCCCUGUGUGGCCAAAGGGCAGAGGCCACUCACCAGCAUGCAAGAGAAUGACCAGACUGUGCUCUCAGUUGGAUUUCCCAUUCCCAGUGCUGCUAUGAUCUCCUGCUUGGAGCAAGGGGAAAAACCGCGUGUCCUGGAUCCUCUGGACUCAGAGAUGACAGAGAUUCCAAGAGUCACAGAUGAGGGGAUCCCAAGCAACAGCAAGGUGGAUGCUCCUGACUCUGAGAAAACAGAACUGCAUGAGAUGCUGCUGAGAGGAUCCAGCCAGGCCACUUCCUGGAGCCUGGAGAGCAAGUGCCAGGUACCACAGGCCUGUCAGGACCCUUCAGGCCAACCUGACCAUGGGGAAGGCGCAGGGGAGCUCCAUGAUGUGACUCCACCCCCAAAAGCCCUGGCCGGGGAGAAGCCCUACAAGUGCAUGGCCUGUGGGAAGGGCUUCAGCCAGAGCUCUGAUCUCAUCCGGCACCAGCGCACCCACACAGGCGAGCGCCCCUACCAGUGCCCAGCCUGUGGCAAGGGCUUUGGCGACAGCUCCACACUACUUAAGCACCACCGCACUCACACAGGGGAGAAGCCCUACAAGUGCAUGCAGUGUGGCAAGGCCUUUAUCCUCAGCUCCUACCUGCUGCAGCACCAGCGAGUGCAUGGCCACGACAGGCCCCACCAGUGUGGCAGCUGUGGGCGCCACUUCAGGCAGAGCACUGAGCUGGUUCAACACAGGCGCGCCCACCUAGGUGAGAAGCCCUACAAGUGCCCAGCCUGUGGCAAGGGCUUCGGCCAGAGCUCUGACCUCAUCCGGCACCAGCGCACACACACAGGCGAGAAGCCCUACAAGUGCCCAGCCUGUGGCAAGGGCUUCGGCGACAGCUCCACGCUCAUCAAGCACCAGCGCACCCACACUGGUGAGCGGCCCUACAAGUGCCCGGCCUGUGGGAAGGGCUUCGGUGAGAGCUCCACACUCAUCAAGCACCAGCGCACACACACCGGUGAGCGCCCCUAUGUAUGUGCCCAGUGUGGCAAGGCCUUCAGCCUCAGCUCCACCCUCUUCAAGCACCAGCGCACCCACACGGGUGAGCGCCCCUACCCAUGUGCCCAGUGCGGUAAAGCUUUCAGCCUCAGCUCCAACCUGCUGCAGCACCAGCGCACACAUGCUGGUGAGCGCCCCUACCUGUGUUCCCAGUGUGGCAAGCGCUUCACUCAGAGCUCCAACCUGCUGCAGCACCAGCGCACCCACACUGGCGAGCGCCCCUACCAGUGCACCCAGUGUGGGCGCCACUUCAGCCUCAGCUCCAACCUGGUGCAGCACCAGCGCACGCACCUGGGCGAGCGCCCCUACCAGUGCUCGCAGUGUGGCAAGCGCUUCGGGCUCAGCUCCAACCUGCUGCAGCACCAGCGCACUCACACCGGGGAGCGGCCCUACCCAUGUGCCCAGUGCGGCAAGCGCUUUGGUGACAGUUCCACCCUCAGCAAGCACCGCCGGACCCAUGCAGGGCAGCAUCCACACACCUGUGCCCCAACCAGCAAGCGGGGCCCGGGGGAUGGGACCAUGUGUCUGCAGCAACCCUGUGGUCACCGGGGUGAGGCCCCUCACCAGGGCACCCAGUGUGGCAAGGUCUUGGGCCAGAGCAUUGGUGUGAGCCUACACCAGCACACCCAUGCCAUGCAGGAGUCCUGCAAGGACUGGCCGCUCUGUGCUGUGGCAUCCUGCCCUUGACCUUGGCUGCCAGGCUCUUCUGCACCAUGGCACCCUGCCCCAACUUAGGCCAGCAGGUCUUGGGGGACUAUAUGUCUGCUAAGGGGGACAAAAUGUCUGCCAGAGAGGAACAAAAUGUCCAUCAGAGGGACAAGAUGUCCACAUGGGUCUCUGCAGCCCAGUAGCCGUAUCCCAGAAGCAUGGGAUGGAUGAAAGUGCCUCAAGCAGACAACCCCUGGCUGUACAAGGCUGCCCAGGUGCCAUCAAACCUCUGACCACCUGCUGGCCUCUUCUGUCCCCAGUGUUGUAGUCUCUGAAGCUCUGCAGGUGCAGAAAGGACCUCAGGCUUUCACCGUGUGAGGUUGGUAAAUGCCUGCGUGAGGAGGGCUCUUCUGCAGUUAGGCUUCUACAGAGCUGGCCCCAUGGAGGCACCUUCAGUAUCAGCCUUGUGCCAUUUGGGCUGGGAAUAGCUACUGCUUCACCCCUGAGCGCUGCCAUGGGGCACUGCCCCAGCCGUACAGCGUAGAAUGAGGAAACCUGCUCGGGUGGUGUGCACUAAAGUCUGACUUGCACACAAAUGUAGGACUUGGCUCCCAGUAUGCCUCUGUGAGGAGGGGGAGAGGAACGAGCAGGGGAAGACCAUCUGUAGGGAAAGGAGUGGCAAUGGUUGAGUAGCUAAUCCCCACUUCUCCAGUUUAGUGGAAUAGAGCUAAGAAAAGGGGAAAAAACUAGGCCAGAUCCUGAGGGGAAGGUUUCUGUGGGUGAGAUCUGUGAAGCUAUGAGGCUGGCAGGCCAGGUGGCCACCCUGUCACCUGAGUCAUUUCACAGUGGAUUGGAUGUAAAGAGCUCUCCUCAGAUGUUAAUGGUCCUAGGAAAAAUAAUGUCUCUAAAUGCAGGGAAAGAACUGGGCCAACACCACAAGGCAGGCAUGACUCUGGGAAGACUUCGGUGUCACAGCCUGGCAUGAAAAUAUUACACGGCUGUCACAUGUCCAUGGAGUCUGAAAAGAUCCCAGGUGAUAAUUCUUAAGAAAAGCUGAACUGAUCAUGCAUGUGCAGUUGAUAGUUAUGCCUACUUGGGAGUUGUCUGAACUGGAGGUUUCUAACCUGAAAGUAGACAUCUUGGCUCCCUUUGUUUCCUUCCCAGUGAGCGCAUGGUGCUAUGUGGGAUAUUUCUGUGAACUCUGAUAGAGAACUGUUGCAGUUUGCAUCCAAUAAAGAGACCUGAUAUGUUUUAGCCAA